AUGCGCAGCCCUGAGGCGGAGAUGCAAAGAGUCAUGCGGACGGACCUUCUUUCACUGCUCUCCUUUCGGGGAACUCGACAACAAGCGUGCCGGCGGUGCGAUCAUUAUGACCGUUCCAUCCGCACUGCCACUGGCCAAGGGGUUACUGUGAGCUCACCGCGUAAAGGUCACCGUGUCCGCCGUUGCUCUCCCGCCGCCCCACGACCACGCCGGCACUUCCAACAGAGCGGAUCGGAGCGUCGACAACGGCAGCCACAGGCGCCAACGCACCGAGUCCAAUGGUGCCCGCUGCGACAUUCCAAAGCGCGCCGAGAGCUUCUCUAG